UUCAAGUUAAGGGUGAAGCAAAGAGGGGGUGAUUGGGACGGGAGGGAGGGUGUGCUCUUUUCUUCUCCUCUAAAGGCCGCCUCAGCAGUUUUCUUCCAGGCAAAAGGGGAAAGAAGGACACCAGCCAUCAUCACCAGAGAAACAGACAGGAGACUUUAAAAUUUAAAUAGGCCGGUCUGAGUGCCUGAAAUAGGCACUUGAGUUUUAACCUCUGAAGAACUGAAAAGCCGAAGUCCUUCUCUGCUAAGCAGGAAGGAAGCAGGUAGAGAAGAUGGGUGACUGGAGUGCACUUGGUAGGCUCCUUGACAAAGUCCAAGCCUAUUCUACUGCUGGAGGAAAGGUGUGGCUCUCUGUCCUUUUCAUUUUCCGAAUUUUGCUUCUGGGGACCGCAGUGGAAUCUGCCUGGGGAGAUGAGCAGUCAGCUUUCCGAUGCAACACUCAACAACCAGGUUGUGAAAAUGUCUGUUAUGACAAAUCGUUUCCAAUAUCUCAUGUGCGUUUCUGGGUGCUGCAGUUCAUUUUUGUUUCUGUGCCAACCCUUUUGUAUUUAGCACAUGUCUUCUAUGUGAUGCGAAAAGAAGAGAAACUAAACAGGAAACAGGAAGAGCUCAAGUUGGUCCAAAAUGAGGGAGUAAAUGUAGACCUCCCUCUAAAGCAGAUAGAAAUUAAGAAAUUCAAGUAUGGGAUUGAAGAACACGGCAAGGUCAAAAUGCGUGGUGGACUGCUUCGUACUUACAUCAUUAGCAUCAUUUUCAAAUCUAUCUUUGAGGUGGCCUUUGUGAUGAUUCAGUGGUAUAUCUAUGGAUUCACUCUGCAAGCCAUCUACACCUGUGAACGGGUACCCUGUCCACACAAAGUGGAUUGCUUCCUCUCUCGUCCCACAGAGAAAACCAUCUUUAUUAUCUUCAUGCUGGUAGUAUCCAUCAUAUCUCUGACCCUCAACAUUAUUGAGAUUUUUUAUGUCACCCUCAAGAGCCUUAAAGAUCGCAUGAAGACCAAAAGCAAUCCUUUCUCUCCUACCAGCGGCUUAAGUCCCUCCAAGGAUUGUGGAUCACCCAAAUAUGCCUACUUCAACGGGUGCUCCUCUCCAACAGCCCCCUUGUCUCCCAUGUCUCCACCAGGAUACAAGCUUGUAACUGGAGAUAGGAACAAUACAUCAUCCUGUCGCAACUACAACAAACAAGCCAGUGAACAAAAUUGGGCAAACUAUAGUGCUGAACAGAACAGGAUUGGACAAGCUGGGAGUACCAUUUCCAACUCACACGCCCAGAACUUUGAAUUUAAUGAUGAGCCGGAGAGCACAAAAAAAGUGGGCUCUGGCCAUGAGCUCCAGCCUCUCACAGUUGUAGACCGGCCACCAAGUCGAGCGAGCAGUCGAGCCAGCAGCAGACCACGACCUGAUGAUCUGGAGAUCUAGCCCUUUGGAAUUGCAAUAGUCAAUGCGACUAUGAAAUAUGAAUUGCAUUAGCACGUGGCGUUCAUGUGGUUCCCACGGAGGUGGUACUUUAACAAUCUCAGCCAGGAGAUUUUAACAAGCAAUACAUAAUUAUAUAUAUAUAUAUUAAAAAAAAUGUUGAUUUUUUUUUUCUGGUAACUGGGAAGCAGGGGUGAUGUGAGGGAGAACAGCACAUAGUGGUAUUUAAAGUAGCUGGUUUAAAAGAAAACCUUAGUCAACACAAGAGUAGGGGAACUGGUUAUUUGUUUUGUUUUAGAAAGAUUAUAUAAUGUCAGGAAAUGUAUGUCUAUAAUAUGUUGAUUUUUCUAAAAUUCAAUUUUGUUAUACUAAAAAAAAGUUACACUGAAAUAAAUUUGUGGGGGGGACUGGUUUAGGAUGAAAUGGAGAUAUCAUUCUUUUACUGAACAACUGGCAGCAUUAAGUCAGAUAUUGAUCAUUUUCCUAUUAAGAACAUUCCAUUGCUAAAAUGUGCACUUUGGGACAAUUUUCUGGGAUGAACUUGUCAUGCAGUUAUUAUCUGUUUCCCUGGAAUCAAAUCAAUUACAUUUCAGACAAGACCCACCCAAUAUAUGUUAACCAUUUUCUUCCUGUUUCAGAUCUUCUAACCUACAUUAAGGAAUUGGUUCAAGGAUUGUUCAGUUUUAUUAAAUUUCAUUCUACCACUAUUGCAAGAUUCUACCGACUUGCAUGCUACUCAAGGUCUUAUUAUUUUAGCUAUGGUUGGGUGACCAUCCUGAAACAACCCAGAAACAGUUUUGCAGAUGAUCAGAAAAACCAUGGGUGGUUUGUUUUAUUCUUGCUCUUUCCCCUCCUUUUAAAACCUUGGUUUUGCCAUGUCUCUCUGUGAAUGGGUUAGAUGCUUAGGAGGGAUAUGAAACCAAAUUGGGAAUCAGCUAGAAACCACAAAUGCAUUUACGUGCAUAAUCAUUUGAAGCUGUGUUUUCAAUUAGCAAACCAACAAUUUAUGAUUUCCAACUGUAUUUUAUUGCCCCCUGUUAUAUCCCAUCCUACCACAUAAUAGACUAAGCAACAAACUGCAAAAUGGCUCAGUGUCAUGUGUAGACCCUACCAUAGCAUUCAUUAAUUGCUAGCUAUAAAAUGUAAAGCUGGACAAAUGAAACAAUUUUUGUCAGAUGCAGUCAUCUAUUAGGUGCAAAUCUUUUCACAGUUAAAUUUCAUCAGAAGCAGGUGAUCGGACAACUGUGUGGUUGGAAUCACAGCCACUAUAACUGGAGUUAUUUGUGGCUGCUAUACAAUAACUGGAGUUAUUUGUGGUUGUUAAACAAUCACACCGAUGCACCCAUAAAAUGGUUAACUAUUCUGGGUUAUUAUGGGUCACUAUUGUGUUUACAUUAAAAGAUUCCAGCAGUUACAAACAAAUCAGGUAUUCUUUUAAAGAAUUUCAAUAUUUCCAUAUAUUUUGUAGUAAGUGUAUUUCACAAAUUAAGGAUAUUUUAAGAAUCAAGUCCUGGUGGCUGUUGAAAAGCUUCCAUUUGCAUUCCAGCUACAUAUUUUGCCACAAUAAAACUUGUCAGUAAAACAUCCAAAGUCGCAUAUUUUUGCAAUCAAUUAUCUUUCCUUAAGAUUAAGGAAGAAUUCUGCUUGUUUCUCCACCUUUUUUAAAUUUAUGCUUGAAUAACUGAUGGUAGUACUGGGAGAAGGGAAGAUUGUUAGCCUGCCAAUAAUGUGAGAGACUUGAGGAUAAAUUACACAUCCAUAUUGUGCAGUAACUGCAGUUAUCAUGUGAUGGCUUGAGGGGUGGUGAAAUUAAUUAUCUGCACUGCAACCUCAUUGGAUGGUGUAAAUAGAUCCUUACAUAAACUGAUUGAGCUGUACUAAUAAUCCCUAUGCUGAUUUUAAGAUAUCAAGAAUGUUACACUUGCUCUUCACUUAUAAGUUAGUUCAAUGAUAACAUGGUUCAAUUCACUUUUGAUAGUCCAUUUUUACAAUGACAGUUUUAAUAUUUGCACACAUUUUGUUGGGGUGUAAGUGAGGCUGAAAGAGUACAAUUCUAAUUUAUUUGAAAUAUAUACUAA